CGCGGCUCCCUUGCGGCUCUGGGCCGCCGCCAUUUUGUUGUCGCCCGGCGCCGCCGGCGGGACGGAAAGGGCCGGGAAUUGCCGGGCGGCUCCUCCCCCGCCGGGCCCCAGAGGCGGGGACUGAGCGAGGCCCGGCCGGCACGGCACGGAACAGGACGGGGCGGCGGGGCCCAGCGCGGCGCAGCGAUGUCGGCGUUCUCGGAGGCGGCGCUGGAGCGGAAGCUGUCGGAGCUGAGCAACUCGCAGCAGAGCGUGCAGACCCUGAGCCUGUGGCUCAUCCACCACCGCAAGCACUCGGCGCUCAUCGUCAGCGUGUGGGAGCGGGAGCUGCGCAAAGCAAAACCAAAUAGGAAGCUGACAUUCCUGUACUUGGCCAAUGAUGUCAUACAGAACAGCAAAAGGAAAGGACCAGAAUUUACAAAAGACUUUGCUCCAGUAAUAGUGGAGGCUUUUAAGCAUGUUUCAAGUGAGUCUGAUGAGAGUUGUAAGAAACACCUUGGCCGAGUGCUGUCUAUUUGGGAAGAAAGGUCUGUUUAUGAAAAUGAUGUAUUAGAACAACUUAGGCAAGCUUUGUAUGGAGACAGAAAGGUGAGGAAGCGCACAUAUGAACAGAUAAAAGUUGAUGAAAAUAACUGUUCACCUCGAAGUUCUCCCACUGAUCCCCCUCAGACUACAGAUCUCAUUAGAGCAUUACAAGAACUAGAAAACGCUGCCUCUGGGGAUGCAGCAGUUCAUCAGAGAAUAGCCUCUCUGCCUAUAGAGGUCCAGGAUGUGUCCCUGUUAGACAGAAUAACAGAUAAGGAAUCUGGAGAGCAACUUUCCAAAAUGGUAGAUGAUGCAUGUAUGUUGCUGGCGGAUUACAAUGGCAGGUUGGCAGCUGAAAUAGAUGAUAGAAAACAGCUGACUCGAAUGUUAUCAGACUUUCUCCGAUGUCAAAAAGAAUUCCUUGCAGAGAAAGAACAUAAGCUGGAAGAGUACAAACGCAAGUUAGCCAGAGUGUCCCAAGUACGGAAAGAACUCAGGUCAAGGAUCCAGAACCUGCCUGAUCUCUCACGACUUCCCAACGUCACAGGCAGCCAUGUACACCUACCGUUUGCAGGAGACAUCUACAGUGAUGACUGAUUACAAGAACAUCCUUCCAUAACCUCUGCUUUUCUGUGAAAUGAGGGGUAGGCCAGACUGAUCGGUACUCUUGUAGUAUUAUUUUUGUAUAUUGUUGGAGAGUGUCAGUAAAAAUACUUUAAUAAUUUAUAAAAAAUUGUUUAAAAAGUUGAUUUGUUUACUAUUUUAUUGGCGAGUGAACAUAAGGGUACAUUUAUAAAAGUGGCAUAUGGGUCUGUUACACUGAAGAAUUAAUAAUUAUCUUAUCUUUUGUAAAGAUUUUAGUUGAGUGCCCUGUAAAAAAACAUGCUAAGAUUUUUCUUAUGUACCCUGUAUUUAAUGUAGAUCAACAUAUAAUCAAAACAUAAUUCUAACUUGAGACGUUUCCGUUGCUAGUGGGGGAGUGAAAUGUGGAAAUCACAGGCUUAGGUUUGCAAAAAGGUCAAUGCAAUUUAAUGCAAAGUUAAAAGUGAUCUUACUGUCCAUUACAUUUAAAUUACCCACUCCCAAAAAAAGAAAGUUAUUUUGAGGUAAAUGUUAAUAACCAAUUUUCUGUUGGAAAACAUAAGUCAUGUUACACUGAGAAGAUCUUUAAAUGACUCAAAAUACUGCAAUAUUUUUGUAUCAUUUAAAAGUCAUUGUGUAGAAACUAUACAAUUGACCAGUUUAAUUAUGUUUCAAAAUUGUAACUUUUUACAGCUACUUAGUUUCUAAAUCGAGGGACCAUUCAUUUGUACUCUAAUCUCUUUCUAGAACAUCUGUCUCCAUCUAAAAAGGUUAAUCCCAGAAAUGUGAAGCUAUUUUACAGCUUUAAUUAAAUGGAAAGGUCAUUCUCUAAACUGUCUCAAUUGCUAAAUGCCCAUUAUUAAUGUUUGGCAAUGCUACGUACCAUCCAUACAUGAAGCAAGAUGAUGAUACAGUUGUGCUGUACAUCCUCUUCCACUGAGAAACCCUGGAGGCCAGCAUGGGCUACCAGCUGGACCCACCCCAGCGAAGAUUUCUAGAUCUCGAUUGUCUGUUUCUCACACAACAGGAGGAGACAGUUCAGACCUGUGUAGAAUUCAAACAGCAUAAAAUUAUUGCCAAGUUAAAAAUCUCCUCUGCAUGGCACAAAUAUGGUGUUUGUCUAUGAACAGCUGAAUUUGUGAAGAAUCCUUGUUAGCGUACUAUGCAUCAGCUUUUAAAGUCACUUAAAAACUUAAAGAUACAGACGGGCAUCCAGCAGAUUGCUGGAAAGUUUGGGCUUUUUGAUCAAUCGGAAUGAGGCAUGUAAUUGUUGAGGAAUGAUUUGAAAAAUGCCUAUCUGUACCUUGGGCAUUUGUACCAACUUUCUAAUUUCCUCUGUCUCCACAGUAGCUAUCCCAAAAGCCCAAUGAUGUCCUUUUGGAUCUUUGAAAUACCCACUCCUGAGGUCAUUUAUGCCAGGGAUGCAUGGGGCCUAUAGACCAGUCACAAUGGAGUGUCUGUGCCAUUCCUUCCUGGUCAAGCUCACUUCAGCUUGCAGUAGAGUCAGUUGUUAAGAUCCCCCUGUCACCCCAAAAAUAGAGAUGGAUUCUGCCCCUACAUAUCUCAGUGGCAUCAAAGUACAUUGUGCACCAGUGUCAACUAGAGCCUUAUAUCUUUGUGAGUCUGAUGUGCCAGGCCGUUGGAUCCACACAGUCCAAUAGACCCGAUUGUCCCUCUCCUCUACCUGGCUAGAGGCAGGGCACCCCUAGUCCUGGUCAUGGUACUCGUUGCUCUCUUACCAUAAAUAUGACCUGGAGGUCCCUUCGAGAGGAUCACAUAUAACAUCAUCACUUCUAUACUGUUUGGAGUCUUGACCAUGAGAGACAGGAGCAGUGUUUAUCCUUGAAGAGUUUCUUGUGGUACUUGUUCCUCUUUUCAAUUCACGUACCUGGGCUGCUAAGGAAGAGGUGGAUUUUCCAUCCCACCUCCUCAUAUCUUCUCCAUGCUCAUGGAGGUAAAACCAUAAAUCUGGGGGAGUGCUGUUUACAAACAGAGAGGAGCUGGUGGGAGAUAUAGUGGUUGAAGGCCGCCUAGGAAAUAGUGAUCAUGAAAUAAUAGAAUUUUCAAUACUCAGAGAUUCAAGGAGAAACAACAAUAAAACCUCUACGCUGGACUUCCGGAGGGCAGAUUUUGACCUAUUCAGAAGUCUAGUCCAGAGCAUACCCUGGGAAACAACCCUUGAAAACAAGGGAGUCCAGGAGGGAUGGAUGUGCUUCAAACAGGAAGUUUUGAGUGCACAGGAACAGGCCAUACCGGUGUGCCGAAAGGCAAGCCGGCGGGGAAGACAACCAGCCUGGUUAAACAGGGAGAUUCUGAAGGAAAUCAGGGAUAAAAAGAGAGUUUAUCGACUAUGGAAGAGAGGGCUGGCUACUUACGAAGAAUUCAGGAAGACAGCUAGAUCAUGCAGAAAGAAAAUCAGGGAUACAAAAGCGCAAUUUGAAGUUAAAUUGGCCACUUCUGUUAGGGAUAACAAAAAGUCCUUCUAUAAAUACAUUAAUAACAAAAGGAGGGGCAAAGAAAACCUCCAUUCUUUGAUGGACUCGGAGGGAAACAUAGUUAAUAGAGAUGAGGAGAAGGCUGAGGUACUUAACACCUACUUUGCCUCAGUUUUUACCAGUAAGACAGGUGGCCCUCAAGGCAACUGGCCUCUGGAAUUGGUAGACAGAGAGAGGAAACCAAAUAGCCCCCGUGUAUUCCAGGAGGAAAUAGUUAGUGACUUACUGAGCCAUCUGGAUCCUCACAAGUCUAUGGGACCAGAUGGGAUCCAUCCUAGGGUGAUGAGGGAGCUGGUAGAAGAGCUUGCCAAGCCGCUCUCCAUCCUUUACCAACAGUCCUGGCUCACUGGGGAGGUCCCACAUGAUUGGAAGUUGGCAAAUAUCGCCCCAAUCCAUAAAAAGGCUGCAAGGCUGACCCUGGUAACUACAGGCCUGUCAGCCUGACCUCGGUGCCUGGCAGAGUUAUGGAACAGAUCAUCCUGUGUGCAAUCACACAGCAGCUACAGGAUGGACAAGGGAUCAGACCCAGCCAGCACGGGUUUAGGAGGGGCAGAUCCUGUUUGACCAACCUGAUCUCCUUUUACGAUCAGGUGACUCACCUGGUGGAUGAGGGGAAGGCUGUGGAUGUGGUCUGUCUGGACUUCAGCAAAGCCUUUGACACUGUCUCCCAUAAUAUACUCCUGGAAAAGCUGGCAGCCCACGGCUUGGACAGGGGCACUCUGUGCUGGGUUAAGAAGUGGCUGGAGGGCCGGGCCCAGAGAGUGCUGGUGAACGGGGCUGCAUCCAGCUGGCGGCCGGUCACCAGUGGUGUCCCCCAGGGAUCAGUGCUGGGCCCAGUCCUGUUUAACAUCUUUAUCAAUGAUUUAGAUGAGGGGAUUGAGUCCAUCAUCAGCAAAUUUGCUGAUGACACCAAGUUGGGAGGGAGUGUCGACCUACCAGAAGGCAGGAGGGCUCUGCAGAGGAACCUGGAUAGACUGGAGAGUUGGGCUGACUCCAAUGGGAUGAAGUUCAACCAGGCCAAGUGCUGGGUCCUGCACUUUGGCCACAACAACCCCUGCAGCGCUACAGGCUGGGCACAGAGUGGCUGGAGAGCAGCCAGGUGGAAAGGGACCUGGGGGUGCUGAUUGACAGGAAGCUGAACAUGAGCCAGCAGUGUGCCCAGGUGGCCAAGAAGGCCAAUGGCAUCCUGGCCUGCAUCAAGAACAGUGUGGCCAGCAGGAGCAGGGAAGUGAUCCUUCCCCUGUACUCUGUGUUGGUGAGACCGCACCUUGAGUAUUGUGUUCAGCUCUGGGCCCCUCAGUUCAGGAAGGAUAUUGAGGUGCUGGAGCAGGUCCAGAGAAGAGCAACCAGGCUGGUGAAGGGACUUGAGCACAAGCCCUAUGAGGAGAGGCUGAGGGAGCUGGGAUUGUUUAGUCUAGAGGAGGUUCAGGGGUGACCUCAUCACUCUCUGCAACUACCUGAAGGGAAGUUAUAGCCAGGUGGGGGUUGGUCUCUUCUCCCAGGCAACCAACAACAGGACAAGGGGACAUGGGCUCAAGCUCUGCCAGGGGAAGUUUAGGUUAGAUGUUAGGAAGAAAUUCUUUACAGAGAGGGUGAUCAGGCAUUGGAACGGCCUGCCCAGAGAGGUGGUGGAUUCACCAUCCCUGGAAGUUUUUAAAAAGAGAUUGGACAUGGCCCUUAGUGCCAUGAUAUAGUAAUUAGAGUUGGAUCAGGGGUUGGACUUGAUGAUCUUGGAGGUCUUUUCCAACCCAAUCUAUUCUAUGAUUCUAUGAUUCUAUAAUUCUCUCUCCUUAGCUGGGGGAUGCCUACUCCUGAUAGCAGAGACUCUUGUUUACCCUGGCGAAUUAUGGAAGAUCUCUUCCUUAAUUUCCUCUCUUAGCUUCUGGUGGCCCUCUUCAGUCUUUUCUUCCCGGCUUUGGACACUUUCGGCCAGUUUUGAUUCCACAGAGCAGAUGUGGGCUUGUAGCACGCGUCAUGACAAAACCCAGCUCACGAAGGGGUCCACACAAGUGCUGAGUUUGAAACAAAUGAGCCUUUAUUGAAGGAACAUUCAGGAAAAAGGAGAGUGGUUUUCCAUAUAAGGUAAAAGGUAGGAGGGGAUUAUGCAAACUUGGGCAUAAGGAGGAGGGUACAAAACCAUAAGGGAAAAUAUGGGUGGAACAUAUGCAAAUAGAGGAAACCUCUGCAACAACAGCCAAUCAGAAAAUAGGAAUAAAGUUUAUAACAUUCUGAGGGGCAAACAAUCUUAAAACUGGGUUUUGUAAUUACCAACCACAUAUUAGAAUAUUAGAAUAUUUGUGUAAAAAAUAUAAUAAAGUGGGACAAAAUACACCACUGUAAAUUGUCCUAUGAAAGAAAGGCAAAAAGUCCACAGGAGAAAGUCCUUCAACCACAGAGGGAAAUAUGUCUGCACAUGUCCCCUGAACAGAGGCAUCAACCUAACAAUAGGUUUAGCCACAUUGUCUCUGUAUUAAAGUCCUCAGCUGAGUCCUGCUAUCUUCUCUCAGCUUUAUUUGUUUUUCGGGUAGCACUCCUUCUUCCAUAACUCAUAGUCCUUCCACUGUAUUUUGCCACCCCCGACAGGCUCGUAAUGGGGCAGUGACAGAGUCUUCAUAAAUCCUGAGUUUACCAAGCAGUGCACACACCUUGUCCUCUCCCUCCCUCCAUUGCAACAUUGCUAAGUAGUGGGAAUACAUUUCUGGCCUGAGCUGUGCAAGCUCUAACCACAUCUGGGAUGUGCACUGUACACUGUCUGGACUUUUAGGGAAUCUUUCGUCUUCUGAAAAGAUUAUCUCCAGUACGGCUAAUUCUCUCAAGCAUCGGAUACCUUGUUCCAUCAUGUUCCAUUGUCCUUGCUGCUCAUGGAGGUCCUCCUUACAAAGAUACCUCUCCCUCACACUUGACAACAGUCACUGCCUGAGGCUUAGAGUUUCCUGCCUUCUUACAAUCCCCUGAUCAAUGACUACAUCUCGAGACAGGGAUCGCAGUUGCCUUGCUUUACUCCCAUCUAGAAUUGUAUCAUUAGCUGUGGCGUCCCAGAUUUGGAGCAGCCAUGUCAAAAUGGACUCGUUUGCCUCGUUUGUCGCAUGAACUCUCUCCGCAGCUCAUGCAGAUCACCCAGGUUAGGGACCGAGUGGAUGAUUUCUGGCUCUGUUUCUUCUGCUAAGCAUAAAGGUCCUGCCUCUACCCUGUCAUCCACUAAGCAAACUGAUUUAGUCUUGGAUUUUCUUUUCUGGACAGGAGUGACAUGGUGCUGGUUAAUUUGCUUUGUUUUACCUCUGGCUCAGCCAUGGUUUGUGUGGACAAGGUGCCUGUUGAUUUGCUUCUUUUCCCCUCGGGUUCAGCUCUGAUUUGUGUGGACACAGUACCUACUGAUUUGUUUCCUUUCUCCUCCUCCUGAAGGUGCUGUACCACACCAAGCAGCGACUGGUAGGCAGUGGCCAGGGCCCAGCAUGUUGUCAUAAGCUGCCCAUCUCUGGACCUUCCUUCCACAUAUCUUACUACUCUAACAGGGUCCCGCAGUUGUUCAGGGAUGAAUUUCCAGAUCAUUGGAGGAGAGAAGCUCUCCAAAUACUGGCCCAUGUCCUCCCACUUCCUGUGCCACUCAGCAUUAUCCACUCCCAGAGCAGGCCUCCAGGCAACUUCCUUAGAAGCUGCCCUUGGCCAGUUCCUGCAAAUGACCCAUUAUUAACAGUCCAUCAGAAAUGACAUACAGGGUGUAGAAUACACAGUUUUGGUUAUACCCACAUAGUAAUAAACUGGUCCCAGUCCCUGUAACAAGGACAGCGGUUGAAUUCCAUCCAUGGAAAAUUUAAUUUAUCCCCAGAGGUGAUUAUAAGUACAGUGACAUGGCUUGUUAGACUGCAUUGAAGGAUCUGUCCUGGAUACUCAAAAUCAUAGGGAAUUUUUAAACAGUCUUUUGCUGCCUUAAUGGAAAAUAAUUAUAAUAAUGAAGUUGUAUGCUGAAUUCUCUUGAUCUCUUGAGAGUUUUAAAAAAGACAUGACACUUACUUCACUAGAUUUUUUUUUUUCCUCUUCAUACCUCUUAGUGGUAACAUUGUUUAUCUACAGAUAAUGUAGAACUGAUAAAAGAAUGAGGAAGAAACUUCUUGAUGUAUAUAAGUUUUAAUUUUGAGAGAGUGUUAUUUUCUGGAUAUAUUUUUCUUCAUUUUACUGUGAAAUUGAUUGCUUCAAGGAGUUUUUCAUAGCUGGGAUUUUGGAAAUGAUCCCUCAAUAUUUGUUUGGAAAAGAGGACUUGUGGAAGGCAAAGGUCACUUUUACAGCAAGUGUUGUAUAUUAGUGGCUGAAUGGUACAUUGUUUUUUUUUUUUUAUUUAUAUGGAAAAGGCAUCAGGUAUCAAGUAGUUAGAAGAUUUAUCUUGUGACUGUAAUAGUAUAGCAGGAGAUAACAUGGUACGAUACAAAGGCGGUCCUGUAGUGUCAAAAAAUACCUCCAAAUUCUCAGGUUCCAGAGCUUAAUGUACAUACUUCUGACCUCUCAGGAAGAAAAGAGGCUGGGUGGGGAAUGGUAGGGUGCCUAGGAGCCGGAAGGGAGAACAUGCCUGGGUGGAAAUGUAAAGCAAACUGAAUGUGAACUUCCGUCCAAACAGAAGUAACUGUGAAACUGGGCAGCACAAUGGUUUAGCUGUGGGAGGGAUUCACAAUAGAACUGCUUUGGUGCGUUACCACCCUGGGAAAGAAAAUGUAUGGGUAUAACCUGCCUGCCUCUUUUUACGUGGUCUGACUCUAUGAAGACCAGAAUGCCCACACUACAAAAGGCACAAUUAUCAAAUAUCUGAACAUUUUUCAUCUAAUAAUAAAAACAUAAUAAUUAGAUUAUUUGCUUCACUAUAUUGCACUUUUAUUGAGCAUUCUCUGAAAAAAAGCAAAGAGAUUCCUGCAGCACUUUGCCAUAUGAGAAUGCUUAUCUUGGAGGUCACUGGGACUGCUUGUAUAAUCUAGUGUUUGCAGGCUCAAGCUGUGUUUUUUGCAAAAUGUUUUGAAAGAUAUCAGGAACAUUACCCCAAAUCUGUGGUUUGAAAAAUAAAUGUGAAGUCAUUAGUUACAAAAAUUACUAUUCUUAGAAAUUAUGUUUUAUUACUCCUUUUGGAAAUUAAACUACAGCCUGCAGUAACAUUAGCUUGUCUGAUUCACUCUGUUAAUGUUUGUAUUAAUAUAUUAAAACACCUCUGUUAAUCCCUAGCAACACAACCCAAUCUACAUGCUUAUUAUGUAUUUUAUCUGAGUAGUCUUGAGUGUCAAACUGAGAGCUUUCAUUAUGACAAAAUUACAUUCCUGUGUACCUGAAGACAGCGUGUUAAGACUUCCACGGACUAAUGCUGCUCUCACAAGUCAGUGGCAACUCAGUCUGGUACUUCAGUGAUGACCCAAAAUGCAUACAUAGGAUGCAGUAGCCAGCUGUGCAGACAACUAUGGAAGACAUGGAAAUCAUACACAGGCUUGAUUGGCCCUCUACCGAAGUGCUGGAUGUCAGCCUCUUGAAACAUAAGCAUAUAGAUCUGUGGCUGUGGGUUUUUUUCAGUGGGAAGAUCAGUGAAAACCAGCACAUUUAAAAUUUGAUGAUUACUUCUAUAAAUAUUUAGGGCCAGUUCUGUUCGUUAUUCAUGCAUAUAAUCACAGUGACUAUUCCUGCAAGUAAAGAAGGCAGACUCAAAUGUAGUGUCUGAAGUGGAAUUUUUUUUUUAAUGAAUGACCAAUUUUGUCUUGGCUCCUAUUUCAGUGUGUCAUUUAUCUUGAUUAAGUAGUAAAUCUCUUCCAUUGUGUUAUUUAGGAAUCUAAUUCAGAAUUCAUAUUUACAAUAUUUAAAUUAUCCUACUAAGCAUGAUGUUUUUGUGGGAAUUUGCAAAAAUUCAAUAGCACUCGUUACUUGUUUGCAACAGAAAUAGAUUCAUUUGUUAAAAGCUAACAAGAAAAGUUUGAAAUGUAAAGAUGUUUCAUUAUUGUGCUUUUCUGACAGAACCUGUAAUCCUUGUGUAAUUUAUGUCCUCAGAAUAACGCACCUGUAUGUACGCUCUUUCAUAUUUAAUAAAACAUUGUUGUAAAAA